CAGAGUUGAUGUUUCGCCAUUUAAACAACCAGAACCGAUUCUACAACAGGAAUAUGUUUUAUAGCAACCUUUAUAAAAGCUAAAUCAUGAAUUUACAUGUAGAUACUUGAUAGAAAGGUGGGGACGUUUUUUUUUUGUUGUUUUUUUUUUUAAAUCGACAUAUAGUUAAAUGUUGAUCAAGGUGAGUGUUCAGGUGAGUCUUACAGGUGACUUCCGCAUUAUCUGAAUGACAUAAAUAGUUCUUUGAAAUGCGUUUGAUGUUUUUCAUUUUGAAGCAAAUUAAUAUAUUGUUUCGUGUUUUCUGUGGUUUAUUUGAUCAUUUGUGUAAACAUACAAUAACAUUGUGUAUUUGAGUGAACGCCGCAUCUCUUGAUCCUGUCUGAGGAAAAGCUGAAUUAUUGUGUUUGUACAAGAGCUUCCAUCCAGAGUCAGUGUUGGAGAUCAGAUUCUGUUUCAACUGUUCAGAUUCAUCAUUUUUCUCCAGGAUUCAGUUCAGUUCAUCAGAAGAGAUCAGAACCAGAGUCCAGCUGUGUGUCUAUGAGGAGUGACGAGUCUAUGGGUCAUCCAGUAAAUUUUAAGAGUGGAGAUACACAGACUGAUCUUCUCAGUUCAGUUCAUCAGAAGAGAUCAGAACCAGAGUCCAGCUGUGUGUCUAUGAGGAGUAACGAGUCUAUGGGUCAUAAAAUAAAUUUUUCGAGUGGAGAUACACAGACUGAUCUGAGUCAUGAAGUCCUCAACAUGUUUAGAUCAAAUCUGAUGAAGAAGUUUGAGUGUCUUUAUGAGGGAACAGCACAGCAGGGAAACCCAACACUCCUGAAUGAGAUCUACACAGAGCUGUACAUCACAGAGAGUGAGAGUGGAGAGAUCAGUAAUGAGCAUGAGGUGAGACAGAUUGAGACACAAUCCAGGAGAGCAGCAACAGAGGACACACCGAUCCAAUGCAAUGACAUCUUUAGACCUUUACCUGGACAAGACAAACCCAUCAGAACUGUGCUGACAAAGGGAGUCGCUGGCAUUGGAAAAACAGUCUCUGUGCAGAAGUUCAUCCUGGACUGGGCUGAAGGGAAGGAGAAUCAGGACGUCCAGCUCAUAUUUCCACUUCCUUUCAGAGAGAUCAAUUUGAUGAAGGACAAAACACUCAGUCUUUCAGAUCUUCUUCAUAUCUUUUUCUCUGAAACAAAAUAAAAUAGAAAUAUCCAGU